AUGGUCAACUUCAAGUGGUCUUCUCUUGCUCUGCUCGCUCUGCGCGCCGCCACCGUCUUUGCUCAGGACGAUGCCGACGCUGAGCCCAAUGUUUCGACUGCCACCGAGACCCCAGAGCUCAAGGCCGAUAUCGAAACCACCUUCCCCGACUCUGAUAUCUUUGGUGUGAAGCUCGUCAACAACCGCAUCAACAAGGCCCUCAUUCAGAUCACCAACAAUGAGGCGACUCCAAUUGACGUUGUCUACAUCGGCGGUGCUUUCAAGACCACCCAGCCCCUCCCCGAGGAUGCUCCUGCCUGGGGCGCCAUUAUCCGCAACUUGACCGCUGUCAAGGUCGAGGCCUCGAUUCCUCCUGGUGGCAAGCACCAGAUCCCUUUCCAGUUCACUCAGGAUAUGAACCCCCAGGAUGUCAUUCUUGACCUCAUGGCGGUCAUUACCCACGCCGAGUCCGGUCACGUCUACCAGGUUCUCGCCCACUCCGGUCCCGCCACCAUUGUUGAGCCCCCUACCAGCAUCUUCGACCCUCAGAUCAUCUUCCUCUACCUCUUCCUCACCGGUCUCUUCGGCGCCACCCUCUACUUCGUCUACAAGACCUGGAUCGAGGCCCUCUUCCCCCAAACCCGCCGCGUUCCCGCCGUCAAGGGCAAGAAGGUUAAGAAGGUUGAGGUUGAGCCCCUCUCUGGCUCCGAGUCGGCCGGUGCCACCAGCACUGGUGCUGACAAGGACUACGAUGAGGCCUGGAUCCCCACCCACCACAUCAACCGCCCCGUCGCCAAGCGCGUCAAGAGCAGUGCCAGCGGCAAGGCCAAAUAA